UAAUGCAUGUUCACGUCACGAGUUGAACGGAAGUGUGAUUACGCACGCAUCUCUUACUUGAAACAUUGUUGGCCUUAAUCGAUCUUUUACAUAUGCCAAAUUGGACCACUAUCAACAUUUGCCAUAGUGUAAGAUUUUUUAUUAAUUGAUUAUUUAUUGCAUAUGGGCUAGCUACAAAAUUGUAACAUAUUUACUUAACAGAGAAUACUGGGCUGGCUAGCUGCUACAAGAUGGCUAGCUGCAAUUUUCAGGCACAGUUGGUAUCCGUUAUGGAGGUAUUAGCUAAAGCAGCUGUAGCAGAAAUAAACAAACGUGUAGAUGAUAGCUGUGCUGUUAUACGUUUGGAAAUGACCCAAAGCCAGCGAGAUAUUGAUGUACUGAAAAGGAAGUGGCAAAUGAUGGAGAGCGAGUUGAAGAAGACGCGAGGACGAGUCAGAAGAAAAGUUUUUUAUCCCAUGGCAUCAGAGAGAUCUUCAUAUCCAGUCAAGAUUGUUUUGAACAAGCAGAGUAGCUCACAGUGGAGAGACGAAGAGCUGGCUGUUGAAGAAGACUCUCAGCCACAGCCUACAGAUGUGGAGCAGAGAGUGGAGACUGAACCCAUACUGAUCAAAGAUGAGGAGACAGCAGAGUACGUGUGGAAGGCUAACGCGCAGGAAGAGCUCAGGAUCACUGGAGAGGAGUCUGGUUCCAAGCCUGGGAAACCACCAUCCUUUGAGCAACGGCACUGUGAUGAGGACUUCAUCACACAACCCAGCAUGGCUCCUGAAGACUCAGUGGAACAUUACCCCAAUUCUGAUCGUCCAGAGGAACCAGGCACACCCCGGCUCGCUUCUACAGAGGUAUUCCGCACAGAACAGCACCGGCCAGCCAAGGACGAGGACUCACUAGAGCUUGUGAUGGUGAAGAAUGAGAAAGAGGAGGAGCUGGAUCAGACCACGGGCCUGGCAGGACCUGACCAGUUUGUCAUGGAUGAGACUGAUGGGCAGCUGUGGACCUCUGUGGAUCCAGGUGGAGACACUGACCCUGUCUGCCACCCAGAUUUCUCCUUUCAUUCCACAGAAGAGUACUCUCAGAAUAUCUCAAUUUACCCAUCUCAUAGUGGGCUGCCAUCUGCUCCUACUAUGACAGAUGACGUAGGGCCAUCGCUUCACUCUUCUAUAGGAAAACCACAUGCUAACAUGUUCAGUGCAGCAGCACACAGGAAAAGACAUGUCAGGACAUUGGCUGAUGAGACUAGACAACAGAUGCCAGAGGGACAGAGCAGUGAAAGGCUGAACUCAAGUAAUGAAGGAAAUAGUUUAGCUCUACAGCCAAGGCAGCAUCAGUACAGGGCUUCAGAAGCAACAGUGAGAUUGAGUGAGUGCAUGACAGGGUCAAACAUGGCCACCACCUCCACCUUCUCUGGAUACAGUCUGAGUCACAGUAGUUUUAACAUGGUGAAGAGAAUGAGGAGUCAGUGGAGGUCGGGCGGCACCACCGAGAGGCGUUUCAGCUGCACCUUCUGUGGGAAGAGCUUCCAGCGUUUCUGCCAGCUCAAAGUACACCUCCGGAGUCACACCGGAGAGAAACCGUAUACCUGCGAACAGUGUGGCAGGAGUUUUACCCAGCAGUGCAACCUGAUCAGACAUGCUGUAGUCCACAGUGGGGAGAAGCCCUUCGAGUGCAAACAGUGUGGGAAAUGCUUCACCCAGCGCUCUAGCAUGAAGUCACAUCAGAAAACUCACAUAGGAGAGAGUCCAGUGUCUCAAUACGUGGUACCCGCAUACCCUGGGGAUCCACACACAAGUUUAAAGCGCAACUGAAGGCAAUAAACAUCUUCUGAUAUAAAAAGGCUAUGUAUCACUGAUGAGUCAGAAACAUUUAUUCUAUUGUCAAAUUGUAAAUAGGAUAAUUGUGUUCAUAAAUUCAGUCUCAUCCAAAACUGAGUUUUGUAAGUAGGUUCGACAGAACUUACUUUUGGGUUGGGUUUUGAUUUUACCAAUGCUCACUUGCCCACUAACACCGGAUACACAGCUGUGGUGAUUGCGCUCUAUCCAAUCCACCGUAGAACACACAGCUUUUCAGACACACCUGCCCAUCUCACUUUGUUUAACUUGAGUAAUACAGCACCAAACAUCUUAACUAUAAGUACAAUUACUCAACUAAAACCUUGUCAAAAACGUCCAAGUUAACUCAAGAAGUCUAUCUUAGAUUCAUAAUGCUUGCAUCGUUCCUAUGGGGUUUCAUGGGGGACAAACAUUAUUAACUGCCACAUCGAACCUCACCCCCAAGUCUGAAAUCUGUUUUUUCAUAAAAGAGCAACAGAGAAAUGUGGAAUUAGUGCGCUCAGUCGCUCUUUAAUGUUGUCUCAAACCAGAUGAAACAAAUAGAUAAUAAUUGCAUAUUUUUCCUGUAACACUUUCUAUGUACAAAUGUGUUACAGAAGGUAAUUUGAGACAUUUUGACAAGCUUUUCCUCCAAAUUGAUUUGUAAAAUGGUUUUCAUGUUUGACUGUUGACGGCUCUUCACUUUAAUUUCAACAACCUAUUUUCAACUGGUAAUGUGUGUUUGUACCACAAAAUCAUAAAAACCAUGCUAUAUUCAAUAACAUAUAUUUAAUGAAAGAGUCAAUUUGCCAAAAUAAAAAGUUUUAGCUUCAUUGUCCGAAUAAAUAGUAGGGGAGUGUUUAUGUAUGUGCCUUAAAACCCCUAAGUAAAGAACCUCAAUGUAAAUCAGCUAUAAUGCAUCAAUAGUUACUUGAAAUAUAUCAUGAAAUUAAGUUCACAUGAAACUAGUUUAUGGUCUUUGUUUGCCAGCUGUGUUUCAAACAAGUUAUAUACUUUUUUCUAUCCUUUAAUAAAUACCAUACCACA